UGUAUAUACACACACACACUAAACCGUAUAGAUAGAAGCCUUGACAGCAAAACAUAACCUUGACAUUGCAAUCAUGUCAAGCACCAAUAUUUGCAGCGACCGAAUAUAUCUUGGAUUUGACUUCAGUACACAACAACUGAAGGUCAUUGCCAUUAAUGAAGAUUUGGUGAUUCUCAAGGAAAAUGCAGUGCGAUUUGAUGAAGACUUGCCUGAUUUUAAGACAACUGGUGGUGUGCAUUCCCACUCAGAUGGGGUUACUGUGACAGCACCCACUUUAAUGUGGAUCCAGGCAUUGGACCUUCUUCUAGACAAACUGAAGGCAGAUAAUUUAGACUUUUCAAAAGUUGCUGCCAUAUCUGGAUCUGGCCAGCAACAUGGAAGUGUCUUUUGGAAGAAGGGAGCUGAAAAUGGGCUUAAAAGUCUUCACUCUGGUUCUUCCCUCUGUGAACAGUUAAAGGAUUGCUUUAGUGUUGCUGAUAGUCCAAUUUGGAUGGAUGCCAGUACAACUAAACAAUGCAAAGAGUUAGAAGCUGCUCUAGGUGGUGCUAUGCAUUUGGCUGAAAUCACUGGAUCUCGAGCUUAUGAACGUUUUACAGGGAAUCAAAUUGCUAAAAUAUUUGAGAAGUCCCCCUCAUCAUAUAACAACACUGAGAGAAUAUCUUUGGUCAGCAGUUUUGGUGCUUCAUUAUUCCUUGGAAAAUAUGCCCCAAUUGAUUUCAGUGAUGGUUCUGGAAUGAAUCUUCUGGAUAUUAAUAAAAAGGAAUGGUCAAAGGAUUGCUUAAAUGCUUGUGCUGAGAAUUUGGAAACAAAACUUGGACCUUUGGUGAAAUCAACUGAAAUCCUGGGCAAAAUCAGCAAGUAUUAUGUUGAGAAAUAUGGCUUUUCUCCAGACUGUGAAGUAAUUGCAUUUACUGGUGACAACCCUGCAUCAUUAGCUGGGAUGAGACUUCAAGAAGGGGAUAUAUGUGUAAGUCUUGGGACAAGUGACACAUUAUUUCUUUGGUUAACUCAGCCCAAGCCUGCUCUCGAGGGCCAUAUAUUCAUCAACCCUGUAAACAGUGAUUCUUAUAUGGCUUUACUUUGUUUUAAGAAUGGAUCACUUACUCGAGAGAAAAUCCGUGAUGAAUUUGCUGGAGCUUCUUGGGAAACAUUCACCAAGUCGUUAAAGUCCGUGCCAUCAGGAAACAAUGGAAACAUUGGAAUAUAUUUUGAUGUGAUGGAAAUUCAGCCUUUACUUUCUGGACGCUUUAGGAUAAACAAGGAGGAUCAAGAUGUACCAAAAUUUAACACUGCUGAAGAAGAGGUCCGCGCUGUUAUAGAAGGACAGUUCAUGUCAAGAAGGGUUCAUGCUGAAAAUCUUGGCUUUAACAUCUUGCCAAAGAGUAGAGUUCUUGCUACAGGUGGUGCCUCUCAGAACAAGUCUAUUUUAAAGGUUCUGGCAAAUAUACUGAAUGCUCCUGUAUAUAUACAGGAUGUUUCCAACUCUGCUAGCCUUGGUGCAGCAUAUCAAGCAAUGAGAGGUUCACUUGGCCACACUUGCUUCAAUGAGAUACUUAACAAAACCUCUAGAAUGGUACGUGCUGCUGAACCUGAUGAUAGCACUGUGGAGCUAUACACAAAACUUUGUGCUCGCUAUAAACAACUGGAAGAAAGAGUUUCCCAGAGUUAAGGCAACAUAAAAAUUAUUAGUUGGGUCCAGCAGUAUUGCUACAAAUACUGCCGUUUACUAUCAUAAUGAUUUGCUUUAUUUUCAGUAUUAAUUCUUAUUAAGAAAUGUGAAUGAAUUCACAAAUUUUUUAUUUACUAUGAUUCCUGCAAAAAUCCUGUGUUAAAUCAUUAUUUUAAUCUGACUAAAAUUGUGUCAAUGUAAUUUGCAUGCAUAACCACAUGUAGCUUUGUGGUUAAGGAGUUUACUUCACAACUACCUGACACCAGAUUUGAUCUGGCAUUAGUGCAGCACUUUGGGUAAAGGUCUUUUAUUAUUAUUAUAGCCUCAGGUUGACCAGUAUCUUGAAUGGAACUAGGUACAUGAAAACUGUACAGAAGAUAAACAGAUACACACACAUACGUAUAUGUAAAUCAUUUUAAUAUCUAUUUAUCCAUGCUUGCAUAGUUCAUUUUCUAAGAGUGGAUGCUCUUUCCGUUGUCAUCCCUUAUCUGUUUCCAAGCAAGGUUACAUGACACCCUAGUUGAACGUUCUCACAGGAGAUUGGAAACAAAUGACAUUGCUUACAGUAUAGUGACACACUCUUACUAGUUUCAGUCCUUUGACUCUGGCCAUGCUGGAGCACCACCUUGAAAGGUUUCAGUUGAACAAAUCAACCUCAGGUCUUAUUUCUUAAACCUCGUACUUAUUCUAUCAGUCUCUUUUGCCAAAUCACUAAGUUACAGGGAUGUAUCUAUAUAAAAAUAAUUUUAAAAUGUGGAUAGCUCAGAUUAAUCUCAAUUGUUUCCUCUUGAAGCAUAUCAACUCAUUCCAUUAUUACAAAACAGUGUGGUCAUUGUUGCUGCUGAAUUUUAGCCAAAAUACAUAUGAAAAUAUUUUUUUUUGUCUGAAGAAUUUCUAAUGUCUAUCUAACAUGUAAAUCUUUGUAAUUCCUAUUUGAAAAUGAAACGUGUGCAAUGGAAAAGAAAAAAAUACCAAAAGAUGUCCACUUUCCUGUUAUAUAGAGACACACAAACAGGCUUCUUUCAAGGCCUUGGUUGACCUAGGUCUAUAAUAGAAGACACUUGCCAAACUGAAAUAAUGAGGUCAGAAACUACUCAACAUGCCUGCAAUUAUAUAUGUGUAUGUUAUAUUCCUUUUGUCCUGUAAUUUCAUGCUUCAAUAAACACAGAUCAAGAAGAUAAGCAUUAAGCUGAAAUAAAUAGGCUCCUAUGAUUCACUAAAAAAAAUAUCAAGAGUACUAGAUACUUGGAAAGAUUCAUUAACAUGCAGUAAUUCGGUUAAUUGUAAGCUGAUACUCUAUCAUCCCUUCAUGUAAAUUCAGUAUGAAUAACUUUAUAAGGAGUGGUGGCCUCCUGAAUAGAGUAAAGUUUAAAUAUCAAUCACAGCUCUGCAUGCACGGAUAAAUUACAUAAGAGAAUGUUUCUCAUGUUAUUUUUUGAAUAAAUUAGCAAACCCUCAUUAGCUUCUCAUUGUCUUUCCAAAUUAAUUUAGCCUGAAAGUUUUUUAAGUACUAAGCCCUACAAACCUAUUGAGUCAUAGGAAAUGUUAUGUAAUAUGAGUCAACAAGAAGUCUCUACGUGGUUGCUCAAACUGCUAGAAAUAACAGCCAAAUAAAUCUUUCUCAUCUUAACAGGACACUGGAUAAUGUAAUCCAAAUAUUCUUUUGUCAUUUGACUGCAGCCAUGCUAGAGCACCACCUUAAAGGGCCUUUUUAGUGUAAGAAAUCAACUCUAAGACUUAUUCUUUGAAAGCCUAGUACUUUAUAUCAAUCUCUUUUGCCAAACCGUUAAGUUACAGAGACAAACAAACAGACUUCUUUCAGUUUCUGUCUACCAAAUCCAGUCACAAGGAUUUGGUCGGCCCAAGGCUAUAGUAGAAGAUACUUGCCCAAGGUGCCAUGCAGUGGGACUGAACCCUGUUGUUGAGAAACAAGCUCCUUACUACAUAGUCAUUACUGUCCAAAAAAAAAAAAGAAAAAGUUUAUAGUCAAAAUGCUUUUAAUCAUGAGCUGAAUCCGAAUCAAAACAAUAAUCAUGUAAUUUUGUAAAAGUUAGCUUGGCAGAAUCCAUUUUCUCCAUAUUAUGACCAUAUGUAUUUUUAGCAAAUUCCAUUGUUGCAAACAUUCAGAACAGGUCUUCUGUAUGAAUAUGAUGUACUCCUUUCCACCUGAAAAACUUUAAAAGAUGGUCAAAGUGAUUGUCUUUGCACUAGUCAUUAAAAAGAUAUUUAAAAAAAAAAAACCCUUCUCUUAGAAUAAAAAUUUGAGCCAAUUUGAAAAAUGACUGACACAAUGCAACAGUAUUUAGUCUAAUUGUAAAGAAAUUUUUGGAUUUUUAUUAAAAAAGUUUAUCUUACAAA